AUGCCAGCAAAUGAAGUGAUCAGUCCAAUCCGUUGCAAGCGGCAGCAGGCGCGACCACCACGCACAGCUGGCAGCAUUGACGUCACGAACGCUCGCAGUCGGAUCCACCAGCCGAGUCCGAACCGCACGGAAGCUGCAGCGGCAAUGCUGUCGUUGUUAUCCGGCCAUCAGGGACUCAAAGGCGAGACGAGGUCAGCAGUUGCGUCCACAAAAGUAGAGCAAACGUGUGCACUUCGAUGUGACACGAAGGCUGGAACGUCGGUCAAAAGAAAGGUCGAGACGGUGUGGAUGGAAGCGGCAGACGCGGCAGCCGUGACCGAGCUUCCGGUAGCAAAGAGCCACGCAGAGAUCGAUCAUCAGGAGGCGAUCGACAAGCGCGGGACGGGCGAGAUGGCAAAACGACGAGGGUCGCGGUCAAGUGGGGACCACAGUGGAUUCUUUCCCCUGCGAGAGUACAAUCGGAAGGAGAAGUCGCUCGGCCUGCUCUGUGAAAAUUUUCUACGACUGUAUCAGGACGACAGCAUCUCGGAAAUCUGUUUGGACCAAGCAGCGCUAGAGCUGGGCGUCGAGCGAAGACGUAUCUACGAUAUUGUGAACAUUCUAGAGAGCAUUCACCUCGUGAGUCGAAAGAGUAAGAACCUGUAUCACUGGCACGGACUCGUUUCCCCUCCCGACGUCCAUCAGCGCCAUGAAGUUCGAUAUGAAGCAACGAAGGAGCUCACAGAGAUACGUCUAUGCCAUUCAGACGACCGACGGAGAGGCAAGUCGUUAUCCAAGUUGAGUCAGAUGUUUGUCCAGUUGUUCCUUGGAAAGGAAGACUGCAUCAUUCCGUUGGAUCAAGCUGCGAAGCAGCUCAUCCAAAUGGAAGAUAGCAAAAGCGAAGAGGACCGUCUGUUGAAAACCAAGAUUCGCCGACUCUAUGACGUGGCCAAUGUCUUGGUCAGCGUCGGGCUGCUCGAGAAGCUGCAGCUGUCCAGCUCUCGGAAACCUGUUUUUCGGUGGAAAAUGUGUAGCGCAGCACUGGUUCCUACACGUUCAACAGCCGAUUCCACGCACAGUAGAGACGACAUGCACGAAACGUCAGCUCAGCAUCUCCCUGACGGCACUGUCGACGUGAAGACGGAAGUGCUGUCUUCUGGCGCUGAAGUCCAUCACGUGCACGUCGUGAAGUCCACUGAGUCGUGCGAGAACGACAUGUCCGAUGACUGCAGUGACGCUUUCUCCGCAUGCGGACGCUGCCGUUCAAAGCGAAAGCAGACCAGUCAAGAUGGGAGUGACGUCAGCACGUCGGAUGGCGAGUCAUUGACCAAGCGCAAUCGUCGGAGCGUGGAGAAGGAGAGCGUCGGGAAUUGCUCGUCUCAAUCUACGGAUGAAGAGAGCGUUGGGUUGCUUCGAAUGGACGCCAACAACGAGCCCGUCCACCCCCAAGUCGUUCUCUGCGAACAGCAAGAACAAGUGAAGCGCUACAUGCAGCGCUACAUUCGUGAGUACGUCGACUACAUGACUGUGCACCCGAAACCUCUGCACUCUGCUUGCAGUACCAGCGGGACCGAAGCAAGCGGCGACGUGCUUUCACCUUCAGCGUCCAAGACGAUCACUGCUAGUGCUGCUGGUCCAAGUGUCGCAGUCAGCCUCCCGUCACUUGCCGAAGAUAUCCGGGACUCGCUCUUGACAGAGAGUCCGCAAUCGCUCGCCAUCCUCGACGCAGCGCAAGCCGAAAGCCGCCAGCCUCAGCACCUCACGACGUCUUCGAUCGCCAGUGAGUCUGAUGCCGAGACGAGCUCGAGGCGAUUGAUGUGCAGCACUGGCAAGAGGAGAGCAUUGGACAGCUCCGUCUGA